GCUACGCCACGACGCUUUCUUCCAUACUUCUCCUACGUCUUCAUCUUCUUUCCCACGCUUCCUCCUCUCGCAAAACAACAAAAUCCACUACCUUCUUUUAAUGGAAACCCAAAGCCUACAUAAUGCUUUCGCCGUUUCUCGUUCGUUCUCCUCAGUUAUCGCCCGGCAACCAGGCAGAUUCCUCGCCGGCCAUGGCUGACCUGGCGAUCCGGAGGAAGCUGAUAGCCGCAACAACCAUCCACGUCAUGGCACUGGACGGAAUCGUCAACGUCAACUCCCUUUUCACGCUCGCCCUCUUCCUCGGCCUCACCUGGUUCCCCACCACCGACCCAUCGGCUACCUUCGUCGACAUCAGCGGCUCGUGCGCCGCUGGAUCGGCGUUGAUCGAGAACCUCGUAUCAAGCCACGUGUACUCGUUCAGCUCCUUUCUGUUCUCCAGCCUCGUGGCGUCGGCUCUGAAGCAAGCUAUUAAGAUACGGAGCGACCAGCGAGCGGGGGUGGCGUGUGGAGAGAGCGUCAGCCGUGUGCGCGUGAACUUGAUGGCUUUACGGGUCGGGAGUUUGGUGUCGGGCUUUGGGUCGGUUUUCGGUUGCGGUUUCUUGACCCUGGCUUUGGCGGAUCUGGUGCAAAUCAAGUUGGGUACUCUGGGUUGUGGCAGUCGGUAUACCUUUGCGGCUCUCGGGCCUCUUGUCGUUUUGGUCCCUUCGGCUCUUGUUAUUUAUCUUUCACUUGUUCUUUAUGCAUUUACUCGUUAAUUACUCUUUCAAAAAAUUUAAUAUUCUUAAAUUUAUUUUAAUUAAAAUAAAAA